AUGCUGAAAAGUCAGCAAAAACCCAGUGAACCAACUCGGGGGAAAGGCAAAAAGAAGUGGUGCAAAGCCAAAGUUCAGGACAAGUUCAAAAACCGAGUCUUGUUUGACAAAAACCUAGUUUUGUUUGACAAAGUGCAGGACAAGUUCAAAAACCUCGUUUUGUUUAUAACAAGCUCCGCAAGAAAGUCCCCAACUUCUUAUAACCGUGCUGUUGUGUCUGAGAAACUGAAGACCCGGGGGUCCUUGGUCAGGGUGGAACUUCAGGAUCUCCUUAAUAAAGAACUUAUUAAACUGAUUUCAAAUCACAGAGUUCAAGUACUUUACACCAGAAAUACUAAGGGUGAGGACACUCCCGCUGCAAGGAAAGAUGAGUAA